CUCUCUCUCUCUCUCUUUCGCUCUCUCUCAGUGAACAAACAUAAACCGUGGAUUGAGACGUCCUAUCACGGUGUAAUUAUGGAGAAUACUGACGUGGUUCUGCUGGACCCUCCCCUCGUUGCUCUGGACAAGGAUGCGCCCGUUCCCUAUGCAGGUGAGAUCUGUGCAUUUCGUGUCCAUGCUCUGGACGAUGCAUUUGAAGCUGUGGUGUUGAACAGUACAUCGGGGGAGGGGCAACUGCGAGCCCGUCGACCAAUAGACUGCGAGCAUAAGAAAGAGUACACCUUCAUCAUACAGGCUCACGACUGUGGGGCGGGGCCGCGAGGAACAAACGGCAAAAGAUCACACAAGGCAGUGGUCCACGUGCAGGUGGGGGAUGUGAAUGAGUUUUCUCCAGUCUUUUCUGCAGAGGAGUAUGAGGCCACAGUAACAGAGGGGAGAGUGUAUGACAGCAUACUGCAGGUUCAGGCGUCUGAUCAGGACUGCUCCCUUCAGUACAGCCAGAUCUGUAGCUACCACAUCACUACACCUAAUACACCAUUCGCCGUAGACCGCAACGGUAACAUCAGGAAUACAGAGCGCUUGUCUUAUGAGGUCCAGUCUGAGUAUAAGAUCAGUGUUACAGCAUUAGACUGUGGACAGAAGAGGGCAACAAGGAGUGCUACCGUACACAUCCACGUCAAACCUGUCUGUAAACCCGGCUGGCGAGGUUGGAAUAAACGAGUGGACUAUGAGCCAGGUUCUGGGAGUAAGCCACUGUUUCCCAAGAUGCAUCUGGAGACCUGCGACGGUGCCGUGUCGUCAGUGAGGGCGACAGUGCAGUUGCAGACCAGUCACAUUGGCAAAGGCUGCGACAGGGAGACCUACUCUGAAAAAUCUCUACAGAAACUAUGUGGGGCUUCAUCAGGCAGCACAGACCUUCUCCCCGCCCCCAGCAGCUCAACCAAUUGGACAGCAUCUCUGUUGACUGACAGCGAGCAUGAUAGUGAUCUGAUCUUCCAGUUUGACGGACGGCAAGCGGCUAAGAUCCCUGACUGGGUGGUUCCACAGAAUUUAACGGAUCAGUUCACCAUAGCAACGUGGAUGAAACAUGGGCCCAGCCCUGGACUCAGAGCAGACAAGGAAACUCUACUCUGCAACUCUGACAAAACCGAGAUGAACAGACACCACUACUCUCUGUAUGUGCAUAACUGUCGGCUGGUGUUUCUCUUACGAAGAGAUUUCACUCAGGCUGACACGUUCCGACCCGCAGAGUUUCACUGGAAACUUGAACAGAUCUGUGACAAAGAAUGGCACUACUAUGUCAUUAACGUGGAGUUUCCUGUUGUGGCACUGUACGUGGACGGAGUGACCUAUGACCCCUACCUGGUGACUGAUGAUUGGCCGAUCCAUGCCUCUCAGGUGGACGUGCAGCUGACUGUGGGAGCCUGUUGGCAAGGAGGGGAGGUGUCAACAGCGCGGUUCUCUCAGUAUUUUCGGGGCAGUCUGUCGGGUCUGAUGGUCAGGCCUGGGAAGAUUGAGAGUCAGAAGGUGAUUUCCUGCCUGCAGGCCUGUAAAGAAGCCCUGGACCUCAACUCAGUGGAGAGUCUAGACAAAGGGAUAAAGUUUCAUUUUAACCCUGCUCAGUCGGUCCUGGUGAUGGAGGGAGAGGAUUUGGAGAGACUAGACUCUGCCCUAAGGAAAGUCUCCUACAUCAACUCCAGACAGUUCCCUACCGCUGGCAUCCGACACCUACGCAUCUCCACAGCAGUACAGUGUUUUGACGAGGACGUGUGCAUCUCCGUUCCCGACAUCGACGCAGUCGUCGCGGUCCUGCAGCCCAGCGAACCACGCAUCACAAUCACAGGGGCGGAGCAUCUCACAGCCCCCGCCUCCGACCUGAGAAACGGCUUGUCGCUGUUCCAGGACGUGCAUAUCGUCAGCACGGUGACCAAGGCCAACGGACCCGUCAGCAAUGUGGCUCAUAAACCAGGUAUGAUGGAGGAAAUGAUCCACAACCUUGACUACUGUGACAUCCUGGUUUUGGGGGAGGAGUUAAAGGCGGAGCAAGAGGGUUUAUAUUUGCAUAGCAGCUCCCUGUCAGGCAAACACCUUGACUACACCAACUCUACCAGCGGCAUGUCCAUAUAUGGUGUGGAUUCCAUAUUUAAUUAUGCAGAAGUCAUCAGGCAGGUUCGUUAUCAGAAUCUGCAGCCAAAUCUUUCAUCACGCAGUUUCAGCCUCACCUGCUCAGAACUCAACGGACGUUACAUCAGCAACCAGUUCAAACUGGAGGUCGCUGUUCUCCACAGCUCAGAGGCUUUUGAACAUGUCAAUCAUAUGGCAGCCCCGCCCAGACAUAUGCAGGUCGUUCGUCAUCCAAUUAUGAUCCCAGCCUCCCACAGCUCUGCUGUGCCCAGUGCUGCCACAGUGGUGAUUGUGGUCUGUGUUGCUGCACUGUUAGUGGUAGUUCUGAUGGGCGUUUACCGCCUACACCUCACACAUGUGCAGGAUGAGAGAGACACACACACGAUCUCAGAGAGACACACUGCCCGAGGUCAUACAGCUCUCACCAUCACUGUCAACCCGAUGGAGGGUCUAGAGGACCAGCAGGCAGCAGAGGAAGACUUGACUGAAGAUGAGGAUGAAGAAGAUGAAAGCACAUCUUGCAGUGAAUCAGACAGUGAUGAGGAAGGAACUACAGCUCCCAGCAUGCCUGAAGAAACAGAAAGGAGUGGCCAGCUUCAGUGGACAAACUCUACAUUGCUGCUUAGUCGCUCAAGUUCCCCGGAGAAAGAGACCAAAGCCGGACAAAGCGCUCUCAUUCAGUCCCUGUCUGAACACCUUUGCUGUCCAGGAUGUGAGACCUUACCUGUAUGGCCCGUUUCCCUCCCUUGCGGGCACUGCCUAUGCCAGCCCUGCUUGGCAGCUCAGCGUAAGAAGAACCCCAAAACCUCCAACACCCCUGCCAGUGCCCCAGAGCCCAGCUCUCAGUGCAGCCGCUGCCUGGCAUCUUAUCCUCUGUACCCCUGCCAAGCCUGGGCAUUCCCCCCAAACGCUCUGUUUGCCCAGCUCACCCUGCGGAUGCUGGACACCCACCCGGAGCUCUGUAGGUUUCAAGGGGGCGGUUGGAGUCGGAAAGGAGGGGUUAACCAAGCCAGACCAUCCACUGUACCUGUGCCACAGAGACCCCAGUGUGACCUGUGCCCAAAACAUCGCCCGGCUCUUCGCCACUGCCGCACCUGCGGUCUCAACUACUGCUCCAAGUGCUUGCGCAAGCUCCACGGCAACCGCGCGUUCCAGGUCCAUUCAUUGGUGGAGCCAGUGGGAGGGGGCGGGCGCGAGCUGUGUCCCGUCCACUCAGAGCGAGGCAUGACACACUGCUGUUUGACCGACAGCACGUUGGGAUGCCAAGGCUGCAUGGUGGAUGGUCACAGCGGGCACGAGGUCGUCCUGGUGAACGAGGCACGCGCCAGGAUGGAAAGUGAACUGCAGAUGGCGUUAGAACAUGCCGGAAAGGUGGGUGAGCAGUGUGAUGCAGACCUCGCUGAUAUGGAGGCCUUGGUGUCUUUGGCAGACUCUGAAGGAUCUGAGCUGCGCGGGCGUGUCCGUCAGGGUUUCCUCUCCCUCCGUAACGCGCUCCUUGACCAAGAAGCCAUCCUGCUGUCCCAGAUCGACUCCGUUAGCUCCACAACCCAGAGUGGAGCCCAGGGCUUUCUGACCAAAGCUUGCCCGCUGAGACACUCCUUGGCUGGCCUAGUCGUACUGGGUCACCAGGCUCUCCUGGAGACCCAGGCCUCCGUGUUUUUACGUGGGGUGGAUGCUUUGACCCGACGUGUCUGCCGUUUGACCUCCGACCUCCCGCGACCCGAGCCGACGCUGAGGCAUGGCGACCCUUUCCGUGACAUCAAGCUGGACUUUGACGGGCUCCUUGGUGACCUGCAGAACCUAAUGGGAGCGCAUCUACAAUGGACCGGUGCAGGGCAGGAGCCUGUCGUCAUGGCACCAGACAGAGCAAUUGAGGAUAUAGAGCUACUGUUGGAUGUGACUGAAAGCAACGACGAGACCCCGGGGCCGAACGCGGACUUGAUACCCAGCCAAGACUCACCUACCGUGCAAUCACCUCGCAGGGAGCCACCCCGGUCUGGAGACAUUGUGAAGGAGCAGUGGAGUAUGCCCGCAGGUGAUAGCAAACCAAAGACCAAACCAAUCCACCUGCAGCCCAGACCACCAAUCAUCUACCAGCACAAUGCCUCAGCAGAGACUGUGGAGAUCUUCUGGAUGGUUCCGAUGGGGGAGGAGGUCGAAACGUUCGACAUUCAUAUCCAGGAUGCUCUGACCGCGGCGGCGGGCGUGUCCGAAGGACGGGGCGUGGUGAUGGGCGGGCUUAGCGGCUUCACCUUGCGGACCGAGGGACUCCACCCAGACACUCAGUACCUGUUCCGAGCCCGAUCCGUCAACAAACACGGACCUGGAGCCUGGAGCUCCGCCUACAGGGUUCACACAGAGCAACAGAUUGAGGUGUCAGACCAAGACAACGCUCAGGAGAUGUAA